AUAAUAAAUCUUUACUAAAACCCCAAACAAGUCCUGUUAAAAAAGAAGAGAUGUGUUUAUCCAUGAAAAGAUGUUCUAUUUUUCUGGCUGAGAAUUGUUCGGUGAAUUUCACUGCAAAGUUUAAAUGAGGAUAGGAAAAGAUAAUGAAAAAAAAAGUGUUGCAAUUUGAUUGGUUUGCCAAGAAAGACAAACAGAAGUAGCGUCGAGCUUUAGGACCCAGUGAGAACUAUAAUCGAGGCUUAGAAACACAGCGUUGAGGAACUAAAGAUAAGGUUAAUUAUUUAAAUGAGAAGUUCAGCUUGGAUUUAAAAUAAAGAUCGUUGACAGCGAAAAGCCCGAACUUUCUAUUGAUAUUGUACUUUUUCAACAGAACAGGUUGACUGUACCGACAACAUAACGAGGUCUUUAGAAUGAAAGAAUCACAUUUCAAAGAUAAUUUCUGGAAUACAGAAAUCACCAGCACAGCUGGCUAUGACUGUUUAAUUCAGCAUCUGAAUGAUGGGAAGAAGACAUGCAAAGAAAUAGAAGACUUUAUUAAAGCAAGGGCUUCAAUCGAGGAAAAAUAUGGGAAAGAUUUACUUAAUUUAGCCAAGAAGAAUUGUGGCCAGGGUGAACUCAAUACAUUGAAGCGAGCGCUGGAUGUCUUUAAGCUACAAAUUGAGAAUGUGGGGCAGUCUCACAUCCAAUUGGCACAAAGUUUUCGUGAUGAAGCAAAAAGGCUUGAAGAUUUUCGUGAAAAGCAAAAAGAAGCAAGAAAGAAAGUGGAGCAACAUAUGGAAUCUUUUCACAAGCAGAAGGCAAGCCUAUACAAGAAAACAAUGGAGUCAAAGAAAACCUAUGAGCAGAAGUGUCGAGAUAAAGAGGAUGCAGAGCAGGCACUGAAUCGGAACACCAAUACCAGCAACACCAAACAGCAGGAGAAGCUCUAUGCCAAAUCUCUUCAGACAAAAGCAGCUUCAGAAGAAGCAGAUCGAACGUAUCAGCAAAAUGUAGCAACACUGGCUAAAACCGUAGACGAGUGGCAGAAGGAGCACAUGAGAAGUUGUGAGAUAUUUGAGAACCAUGAAGUGGAAAGGAUAAACAAUCUGCGAAAUGCUUUGUGGACUAACACCAAUCAACUUUCCCUGCAGUGUGUUACUAAUGAUGAGCUGUAUGAAGAAGUGCGGAAGUCGUUGGAGCAGUGCAGUAUAAAGAAGGAUCUUGAGUACUUCAUAGACCUGAGGAAGACUGGAGACAAUCCACCAGCACCCAUUCUAUACGAAAACUUCUACAAUGUUCAGAGGCCCCCUUCAUUUUCCCAAACUCCAGUUAAUGCUGGCAGGAGAGGACCAUUGCCAGCUCCUGUGAAGUCAGCAAAUGACACCUUAUAUGCAACAGUGGAAGACAUCAACUACAGUGAAGUGCAGUACUAGAGGACCUAUGCCUUCAGCAGUAUCCAGUAUGGCUGAGAAAUAUUCAACUUCAUGCACAAUAUUUGUGUAUAUGGAAAGCUGCACAGCCAUGGACGAUGUGUGUAUUUAUAUCAAUCUAAGACCCAAGUGAGACCUAUUAACUUCUAUAAUAACUCAGUUCUACCCAGUUUAAGCAAGUACCUUAUCCCUGUAAGGCCAUCUAUACCCACUACAAGAAUGAAGGUUGAGGCCUGCUCUACACAUUAUCAUUUGAGAAUGAAAAGAUGUGUAUCGCAAAUGCAUCACACCCAUCGGUUUAUAAUACAGUCAUUCAAUUGAAAGAAAUGGAUAGAACUAUAGUAUAAUACCUGAUUUUAGGGUGUAUUACAGCAGUAUAGAACUAGGGAUUUUGAUGAUUAAUUUGAAAUUGAAGGACAUGCUGUAUUGGUUUGUUAAACUGGUCACAAGCCAGGUAUUGUGGCUUAUAAUUACGGUUUCUGUUUUUCUUUUUCAAUUAAUUUCAUUUUUCACUAUUUGAGUUUUAUGUAAAUAGGUUUUUAUGGGGGCUUUCCCUUUUUAUAUAUUUUAUGAAAUUAUUGUUUUCGGAUACUUUCCAAAAUGCUUGGGCAUUUUUUUUUAUCAGAAUAAAAGCAACUCGACAGUACUUGCUAGUUGUACCUUUCUUUCUUUUGCUGUCUUCCACAACGAAAUCCUCAUUGUCAUGGGCACAUUCUUCUAGGUUUUUGUGUGUCAGCAUUUUUUUUCAUUUUGCCACAAUUUGGAAUUUUGUUUUAAAUUCUCACAAUCUAACUGUAAUAUAGGAGGCUGUGUGGUCCAGUGGUUAAAGAAGGCUUGUAACCAGAAGGUCCCCGGUUCAAAUCCCACCUCAGCCACUGACUCAUUGUGUGACCCUGAGAAAGUCACUUAACCUCCUUGUGCUCUGUCUUUCGGGUGAGACGUAAUUGUAAGUGACUCUGCAGCUGAUGCAUAGCUCACACACCCUAGUCUCUGUAAGUCGCUUUGGAUAAAGGCGUCUGCUAAAUAAACAAUUAGUAGUUGGGGCGGGUUUAAAGUAUUGAGAAUGAAUCAAUGAUAGAAACGAGUCAGGAAGGAGGGACAUUGGGAUAACUGCAUGGUUUUUUUUUUUUUUUUUUUUUUUUUUUUUUAAAUGGGAAAGAAAGUCAACAUGAAUUGAGUAACCAUUUCCAGUGUUAUUCCGGUGUUUAUUGGCUAUACACCGAUUUCAUUUUUUGUAUCGGGGUGUUUUAUCGUUUUUUAUUGGUUAAAAAAUGAAAAUCAGAAAUUCUACUUAUAAUCGUGGACUAAGAACAGAAGUAGCCCCCGCCCCCGCCCCCGCCCCCUAUAGUCUAGAAUAAACUAUACAGUAUAGUAAAAUGUGGAUUUAAGGCUGGUGCAUGCCUCAGAUGAGGCACAUUCAACUGUGGCUACCCUACCAAUUGUCACUAGAAAUCAACCCCUGCACUAGCUGCAUAACUGAAGCAUGAACCAGCCUUCAAAAUACUGUCUGAAUGGAAAUACAGCCAGUCAAUUAUCAGAAUUCUUCUGUUGACAUAAGGAGUGUUCUGCUGACCCGGUGUUUUGGAUAAACAAGGAUGUAUUCAUCAUACUUACUGUUUGGAGCAAAACAAAAGCCACAGGUUUCCUGAAAAGUAAUUUCUGGAAAAUGUGCUCUUUGUUUAAAAGAAUAAGUUGUUGCUUGCGUUCAGCUCUCGUCUGAAGCAUUGUGACCAGAAGAUACUUAUUAAAUUAGUAUUUUCUAUGAAGAGCAUAUUGUCAGCUUUCAACUUACAAAUAUUUAGUGUUUUCCAGAAAUAUCGUAUUUCAAGCCAGCUGUAGCCAAAAGAGUCUUCAUUGAAUUUAAUUAUAAAUCAGUAUUUGGAUAAUCAGUGUCUGCUGCAUUAUUCUCUUUAUAUGUAAGUGAUAAUAUUUAUCUACACAUCCUUAAGUGUUUCAAACAAGGACAUAUAAUUGUCUUGUUGGUCUGACUUUGGUAAAUAUUUCAGAUUAUAUUUAAGAAUAUAUAUUAUCAGGUUGUUGUUGUAAUUUGUUUUUUGAGCUGUUUAAUUAUGGAAAUAAUAACGCUAUUUUUCGUGCUAAAAUGUUGAUAGUGGCACCGAUGUUAAUUAUUUUAACGCUGUAUUACAGAUGAAUGUAAUGUGUCUGAAUUGUUUAAUUAAAUGGUUUGUAUCUGA